AUGCUCGCCAACACCCUCCUCGCCGUCUCCAUCCUUGCCGCCGCCACCCCCACCCCCGGCGGCUCAGGUGGCACCAUCCCCGCCUCGUCCUGCAGCACCGGCCCCGUCCAGUGCUGCCAGACCUCGGGCUCCGCGAGCGACCCCGCGAUCUCGACGGUGCUCGCCGGGCUCGGGAUCGUCGUCCAGGACGUCAAUGCCCUCGUCGGCCUCACGUGCUCCGCUGUCUCCGUCGUGGGCGUCGGCUCGGGCGCGACUUGCGACGCGAGCGCGCUCUGCUGCUCCGAAAACAGCUUCGGGGGGCUCGCGUCGAUUGGCUGCGUGCCGGUCGACCUCUCUUCUUGA